AUGUCCUCACAGGUGUUGACUCUAAACGUUGGUGGCACUCUGUACACAACAACUAGAACAACACUGGAACAUAACCCAGAAUCCUAUUUGGCUAAAUUAUUGACUAAUUCGUCCGCGCUGCGUGAUGUAAAUCAUAAUUUGUUUAUUGACCGGGAUCCGAGUUUGUUCCGAUAUAUUCUGGAUUACUGUCGUUACGGAAAAUUGUGCAUUCCACGAAAUUUCGAUGAAUUAGAACGUUUGAAAGAGGAAGCCAGUUUCUACGAACUCAACAAACUUGUGGACAUCAUUAGUAGAGAAAUGGAACCUCGUUACUCUUGCGUUACCGUCGGUUAUCGUGGAACAUUCAGUGCAUCUAGGGAUGGCUCUACCGAUCUGCGGUUCCGGAAGUUGGCAAGAAUAUUGGUGGCCGGACAGACUGCCGAAUGUCGUCGACUGUUUGGGGACACACUAAACGACACGAGAGAUCCAGACACCGGAAGUGCUUAUUCAAGCAGGUUUUUUCUUAAACACUGUAUCCUAGAGCAAUGUUUCGAUGUGCUCUACAACGACGGUUAUCAGUUGGUAACCGCAUGCGCUUCCGGCACAAGUGGUAUGGCCAAUGAGGUGAAGUUUAUACAGGAUGAAGAAGAAGCCCGUUGGCAACAUUACAAUGAGUUCAUUUUCGUGAAACGACUUUAG